AUGGUUGCAGCGCUUUCCAUUCUUGCUGCGUCCAUGUGCCUCGCCCUCGUGGCCGCCCAAUGCACCAAUCUCAUCGAAAACGUCGACUUUUACGGCUACGACGUUGGGUCGACAUCCCAGGCAGAUGCCGCGAACUGCUGCGCUAACUGUGCUGCCCAUUACAGCUGUAAAGUUUGGGUUUGGACCAGCUACCAAGGUGGCACGUGCUGGCUCAAGAACCAAACGUCCUCGCCCACGCCACUCGAUAGGGCCAAAGCUGGGGCACUGCCGGCUCCCCCGCUACCUCCUGCUUACGAGGAAUUGAUUGAAAACGUCGAUUACUGGGGACACGACAUCUCAAGCACCAAGCAAAAGUUCGCUCAGGCUUGCGGGGAAGACUGCGACGACACCGAAGGAUGCCAAUUGUUUGUCUGGACCAGCCACGAAGGCGGUACAUGUUGGCUCAAGCACACAUACGGUGGGCAAUCACAUUUGUACGGCGCUAAAGCUGCUCGUCGCGCGUCUGGCAGAGCACCAUAUUCCGCAGCAGCUCCUUUGGCCACCGACACUACCUCCAUGACAACCGCUAUGACCCUUGGACCCACCCUUGCAUAUAACACUCGCACCCUUGUGCCCAUCAAUCGGACCCGCGCACCUACAACAGUCACUCCUCCACCCCCCACCCCAUCGCCCACAACCACAGCAAAGCCGUACCCAACAACGGCACAGAUAUGCCCUGCUCGCGUCCGCAAGCCUUGGAACCAGUUGGACGAAAGCGCAAAAGCGCUGUUCUUGUCUGCGUUGGAGUUGUCCAUGGACCGUGGUUUGUAUCAGCGCUUCCUGGCCAUCCACAACGAGAUGGUGUCCAACAAUGAAGCGCACAACUCGUGCGUGUUUCUUUUCUGGCACCGCAAGUACUUACUCGCGUUUGAAGAUAUGCUUCGCGACCUCGGUGCCCCCUUUGCGUGUCUGGCGCUGCCGUACUUUGACUGGGUCGAAGACUACGCCAACUUCAAAGCGAAAAAGUGCACCAACUUCGGCACGUGCAGUCCCAUCUUACAGGACUUUGGCGGAGCGGAGCACACGAACGCGUCGACGCCAUUCUCGUCGGACCUUAUGAUUUUUGAGCUUCGGUUUGCUGUUCCAAAGUUCGUGGUUCCGAUCCCCGGCUACCGCGGAGUUUACUAUCCAUGA